CAGAAGGACCGUUUGUACAUUAAAUUCCUUGGGGAGGAAGGCCUGGAUUAUGGUGGACCCGCACGAGAGUUUUUCUUCUUAAUCUCGAGACAGUGCUUCGACCCCUACUAUGGAUUGUUCGAAUAUUCUGCAAGUGACACUUACACUCUACAAAUAAGUCCAGUGGCAGCCCGCUUCGUCACAAAUUCUCAUUUGUGGCUCCGUUUUUGCGGUCGCAUAAUCGCCUUGUCGCUUGUUCAUCAGCAUUUGCUAGAUGUGUUUUUCACACGAUCGAUAUACAAAGCCCUUCUUCGACAAUCCUACGACCUUAGUGACAUCGAAUCCUUCGAUCCGGAAUUCCAUCAGAGUUUGUCUUGGAUACUCGAAAAUGACAUCACUGAUGUGUUAGAUAUGUACUUCACAACCGAUGAAAUUGUUUUUGACCAGGUAACAGAGAGAGAAUUAAAGCCGGGUGGUAAAUCCAUCCCAGUCACGGAUGAAAACAAAAAGGAAUAUGUCGAUUUAAUGAUUAAAUGGAGAAUGGAGCGAGGUGUUGGAGAGCAGAUGAAACAGCUCGUCGACGGCUUUAAUGAGGUUCUUGACCUGCACAUGAUCUCAAUUUUUGAUGCACGUGAACUUGAGCUGGUUAUUGCAGGCACGGCUGAUAUUGAUGUUAAAGACUGGAGAACGAACACAGAUUAUCGCUCUGGUUACCACGACAAACACCCCGUUAUCCAAUGGUUUUGGAAAGCCGUCGACUCUGUAAACAAUGAACAGAGGCUUAGGCUGCUCCAGUUUGUCACUGGAACAUCGAGCAUUCCCUUUGAAGGCUUCUCCGCACUGCGUGGUAGCACUGGUCCAAGAAAGUUCACUGUUGAUUGUUCGUCCCAUAACAGCUAG